AUGAUUCCAAAUAUGCCUAAUAUACCUAUUUCAUCAGAUAUAGAAAAUGUACCCAAUGAACAAAAUACAACAAAUGAAACAAAUAUAACGAAUGGUGAAUAUGUAUCAGGUGGACCAAAUAUGCCUGGUGGAUCAAAUAUGCCAGGUGGACCAAAUAUGCCAGGUGGACCAAAUAUACCUGGAGGACCGUCUCCACCAAGCAUUCCUCAAAUAACCAAUUUACCAACCAUUCCGGGUAUGCCUAAUAUAUUGAAUUUAUCCAACUUACCUAAUUUGUCAAAUUUUCCCAAUUUCCCUGGUUUACCAAAUAUACCAAACCUUCCAGGUAUAGUACCCCACAAUAUUAAUAAUAGCCACUUUAUGAGUGCUAACCCAAUGAACCCAAUAGGCAUGCCUUUUAUGCCUGGUUUAUUACCCAAUAUGAAUACAUGUGACUACUAUCAUAAAAACUUAAUGCCCAUGCAUCCCGGUUAUGAUAAUUACAAUAAUAUAAUGUAUGGACAACCAAAUAAUUUAGGCAUGCCCAUACCACCAAAUAAUAUGGAAAAUAUAAAUGAUAUGGCUACGAAUAAUCCUAACAUGAUUAAAAUAUACAAUAAAGAUGGUAUAGUAAAUAAUUCUCAAAAAAUGAUGAAUACACAUUUAAUGAAUUUACAUAACAAUGUGAAUGCUAACUAUAUGAAUAAUUAUAAUAUGGAAAAACACGGAUGGGUUGAAAUGGUAGCAAAAAAUGGUAGGAAGUUUUAUUAUAAUUCCAUAACUAAAUGUUCCAAAUGGGAAAAACCAAAUGAACUUAAAACCAAAGAAGAAAUAAGGAUAUCUGAAAAAACAAAAUGGAAAGAAUAUUCUUGUAGUGACGGAAGAAAAUAUUGGUAUCAUGAAGAAAAAAAUAUUAGUGUAUGGGAUGAACCAGAAGAAAUAAAAAAAAUAAAAUUAGAGUGUGCUUUAGAAGAUAAAGAAUUAGAAAAUAAAGAUGAUAAUAAAAAGGAAAAUAUAAAAGAUGAAGAAGAUCAUGAAGCUGAAACGAAUGAUAAAUCAAAUGGUAGUAAUAAUAUAUGUGAUGAUAUGUAUAAUAGUAAUGGAGAAUAUAAAAUGAAUGAAAAAAAUAAGAAUAUUCCAUUUAAUAAUAGUAGUACAAAUUAUGUAAAUGUUAAUAAUAUAGAACAAAUAAAUAAAAAAAUAGAUGAUAAUAAUAAUAAUAAUAAUAAUAAAUCAAGUUUGACGUGGGAAAAAUUUGAUAAUAAAAAUGAUGCAAGAGAACAUUUGAAAUUUCUAUUCGAAGAAAAAAAAGUGAAUCCAAAAAUGACAUGGGAUAGUGCUCUAAAAAUUUUAGAAGCUGAUAAUCGAUGGUCAAGUUUAGUGAUACUUACUAAAGGUGAAAAGAAGCAACUUUUCUGUGAAUAUAUUAGUCAUGUUAUUAAAAGAAAUAAUGAAAAUGAAAGACGUAAAAGACAAAAAUCAAGAGAAAUCAUUUUUCAAACCUUAUUAAAUUGGGACAAAUUAAAUGAAUGUACAACAUAUGUUGAAUUCGCUUCCCAAUUUUAUAAACAAGAAUGGUGGGAGUGGAUUACUGAAAAAGAAAGAGAUGAAGUAUUUCAAGAUUUUAUGGAUGAUUAUAAAUCUAAAUUUAAGGAAACAAGAAGAAAAAAAAGAAAACAAAAAAUGGAAAUUUUAAAACAAAAAUUUCAAGAAUAUGCAACAGAUAAUAAAAAUCCAUUAAAAUGGAAUGAUGUUCAAAAAUAUUUUAGAGAUGAUGAAGAUUUUCAUUCAUUACAUAAAAUUGAUGCUUUGGCUGCUUGGGAAGACUUUUAUGAAAAAUAUCAUAAUGUCGAAAAAAUGAAACUUAAAAAAAAAAUUUAUCGUAUUUUAAGGAAAAAAAGGGAAGCCUUUAUUGAAUUAUUAAAUGAAUAUUAUGAAAAUAAUAUUUUAAAUAUGAAGACACAAUGGAUAUUUUUUGUUUCUAAAAUAUAUAAGGAUACACGAUACACAGAUAUAUUAGGACAUCAAGGAUCCUCACCAAGAAUAUUAUUUGAUGAAUUCAUUGAUUCUCUACAAGAACAAUAUUUAAUACAUAAAUCCUAUAUUAAAAAAGCAUAUAAAGAAAUGGAUUUUACUAUAGAUGAAAACAUCACUCUUGAAGAUUUUCUAAAAACAUUUUCUAAUGUACAAAGCAAAUAUAAUAUUCCUGAUGCUAAUAUGAAUUUUAUAUAUUUAUCUUUACAAAAAAAAUUAAAACAAAAAAAAAAUAAAGAAAUCAAACAUAUUAACAAGGUAGCCAAAUACUUUUCCAAAUUUACAGAACUUAAACCAAGCAUGUCAUAUAACAAAGUAAUUAGUAUUAUGAAAAACACAAGUAAAUGGUCCGUAGUUUGUACCUUAUGUCCCAAAGAAGAACAAAAAUUGGCUGCUUAUAAUAUGUGGAAAACAUAUAUAAGUUCCCAGGAUUUAGAUAACUCCUCUGAUUCAUCAUAUUCUAAUAAAAUGUAUAAUAAAAAUUCAAGAAAAAAGGAUAUCUCAAAUUCAAAAGAACACGAAUAUUAUGAUGACGAAGAUAAAACAACAUCUAGACACAAUAAGUAUUUAAGAGAUGACGAGUCUGAUUCAAGUGCCCAAACUAUUGAAUCCUUGCGUACUAUUGAAAAUGCUUCAAGCUAG